GCAUCCUUCUCUGAGUGCAAGCACGCUGCUCUAACCACUAGGCCAACACUCACCAUUUGGACAUUCUUUUAGAAAUUUGUAAAGCUCUAAUAAGCAGAAGGAGUAAAAGUACAACGUUUUGGGUUUACAUUAUUACAACCUGUUGUGUAACAUUAUGAUUGCUUAAAUGACUGAUAAAUUGUCUUUCUCUAGCUCCAACGGCAACGGUGUCCAGGUCUUCAGAUGCAUCAGAUGAACAUCUGACAUUAGCAGCUGACGUCCCAGCAAUCCCUCAAAAAAAGCCGGUGGCCCUUCCAUCUCAGCUGUCAUUUUUAGUGAAGGAAUCCACAAGUGAAAAGAGAUCCGAGUCAUUUAAAGAUUCCAGCACAAGUGCAACCUCCUCCUCUACGCAAAGAGCCCUUUCCUUUGGGGACAGUGCUGAAGAUGUUCCCUCAGCUCAGCCACCCAUUUCUGUUACCCUGCCUCAGCGUGACCAUGACAUCAACAGCUGGAACUGUUCUCAGCACCAGAAGCUGUGGAUGAGGACAGAGAUGCAAGAUCUUGGGCUGUGGCCUGGGUCUCGUCCUUUGCGCAACAUAGGGAAUGCAAUUUCUCUGUGGCGUCAUCCUCCACAGCCUGAACUGAUUGACGCAGUGUCUGAGCUCCCAUCGCCCAACUUCUUUCAGCUGCACCCAUUCUUCAUUUGGAAACCCGAAAAUGAAAUUAUGUCCCGGCUGAAAAACAAUUACAUCCUACCAUGUCUUCAUGGAUGUCCUCACCCACAUGUGGUUUCCGCUGGUGUUGGCCGUCCUCGGGUGAUUGUUGGCUGCAGUGGGCAAUAUUACAUUCUGUCGUCUAGACUUUGCUGUAAGUCUUGUAAGAAAAACUGGUUUGCUGACAGUCCUCGCUGGCUGGAAAAGCUGCCCAGAAGAUUCACCAACCUUCUGCCUGCAUUCCUAACUUACAAGAAGGCCAUCUGUAAGUCAGUCAUGGAUGAGCUGAGACGUACUGGAAAGUCACCCACAGAUAUGGCAAACCAGGUGAAUGAGCUCAUGCAUCUUAAAUAUGAGCGAGCUCACUUGGCAUACCUACAGUCUAUUGAGAGUGUCUGGGAUGCAGAGGCUGGGGUGCAUGGACAGAAGACCAUCGGGCAGUUUGUGAGGAAAAGCAACACACCACGUCCUUUCUCCUCCUAUGAAGACCCUAAAGGUUGGUGUGGUGUCUCCGUGUCAAGCUUCUACCUCACAGAUUGUUUACUGGAGGAGUACAGGCGUCAAGAGCCAGCCUUGUCAAGACUCCUUCAAGGCACGUUUGGGCAGGUCUUCAGGUCUGAUCACACCAGGAAGGUUGCCCGAAAAGUCACCCUAGCAUCUGGGACCAUGUCCAGUUAUGCAGUAAUGAAUGAAAACUGGUUAAUUGUUUCCUGGGUAAUGGUCCAGUCCGAAACCGAGAGAUCCUUGGAACCAAUGUACCAGGGGAUGGCCAAGAGGUACACGGACGCUGGAGUGGAGAAGGCAGGCUUCCACUGGGUGGACAGAGAUUGCUGUGCUUCAUUCAGGAUCUCAGACAGUAUCCCUUCUGAGCAUCUAAAUUGGGACGCCUGGAAGACGACCCCUUCCAUUGUGUGUGAAGCAACUGCUGGUCCCCUGGCGAAUACUUGUGCCUCCAGGUCAUGCUUUAAUAACAACAUUGUAGUGAAGCUGGACUUGUUCCACUGUCUGCAGCGCUUUUCAAGGCAGUGCACAUCAGAACAUCACCCUCUUUUUAGUAGUUUCUGCCAGCUUCUGUCUGCUGCUUUCACUGUGGUGGAUCAGGAGGAUCUGAAGAAGCUCAAGGAGGCCUAUGUAUUCUGCGGUAUCCUGCCAGCAAACCCAACAAAACAGCACACACGGGAGCACUGCAGGACCAGGAUACCACAGCCCACAGAGCUACUGGACAGAGUGGAGAGGGUGAUGAAACACUUUCACCUGGCCAAGGAUCCCAAUGAUGUGCCGUUAUUCAAGCCAUCCAUGCUUAAGACCUGGCGGAUUCAAAGAGUCCACAUUCUUCGUGGAUGUUUGAGUGACCCUGAGCUGUCGGAAGGGAUCAUGUACAGGUAUGGUGGAACCCUUCAGCUCAACCACGUGCCCGGAGAAGGUGCAAAGGUCCCCAUCUGGAUUCCUGUCAGGGGUACAUCACAGCAGGAGGGAUACCAUUUCCAUCAGGCCCAGUGGGUCACUGGAAAUCUGGUCUCCACUGAGUUGUUCCAGGCUCAAGGGAUGACAGGAGUUGUGCGCUGGAACUAUAAGAGACUGGUGGACCUUAAGCAGCCUGGAGUUGUCCUUCCUGCAGUGUUUGAUCCAGCUUUAAUAGCUGAAUUAAACACUGCGUCCAAGAGAGUUACUGGCCAGGAAAAGUAUCCAGCACUCCAAAUUUCCAACAGGGACACUGGAGAAAAAUUUGGCCUGGAUUACAUAGAGCCAGGCUGCCGGCCAGUACCUCUGGACUGGGACAAGUACAGGACUGUGAAAAGGGAGGUACCACCUGCUUUAGCUCCACAGUUUCCUCUGUCACCAUCCACCUGUGAACAAGUUCCGUCCUCUCCUGUACUUGCUGUAAGACCAUCAGCAGCACAACCAGCCAGCAGUUCCUCCUGUGCAGAAUAUGAGGACAAGGGGAUCCUUCAAGAAAUCUUACAAGAUUCUCCAACAAAGACUUCACUUCCUCUGCCUCAGCGAUCCUCACCACGGAGUGCCCGCACUGGACCUGUGAAGACAGGUGGACGGGUCUUUGUGUUGGACCACACACGCUGGACACCACCGAUGAAGGAGGUGAUUGAUGGCUUGCUGCAAAAACACCAUGGGGAGAAGGAAAUCCUAAAGAUCGUGGAUAAAGAAUAUGCCCAAGUUGUUAUUCAGGCCGCCACAGAUCCCAACAGCUUGGUACAUCCGACAACCAAAUUUCAUAUUGCACGUUACGUAAAGCACAUAGCAAAGCUAUUAAACACCAGCUCCUCAAUGAAUACCAGCCCGGAAAAGCUUCAAGAAACCCAGGAACUGUGGCACAGUUUAACUGAGGGAAGCCAAUCAACCACUGUUCCUGUGACCACCAUUGAGCCGGCCACCUUCAAUCCACCUGCACCUGCUUUUUCCACUUCUGUCACACAAGAGGCUAUCAAGAAGAUUGUUGAGGACAUUUUAUCUAAGCAGCAGCAGCAACAGCAGCAACAACAGCCUGAACAGAAAAAAAGGAAGACAAAGACUUGUCUUUCCUGUGGACAGCCAAAGUCUCGUUAUGAGAAUGAUGGUUCUUCCAUCCAUUUCUUUUUCCAACAGGGACCUGUUCGUUACUUCUACUGCUCCAAAAAAGUGCAUGAUACUUACGCAGCUGAAGGACUUUCUAACCCAAAGAUGUCUUUUGAGGAAUUUUCCACAACAUCCUUCUUUCAAAGAGAACUGCAGGAAACAAAGAAGCGUGUUGGGGAAAAAACUGAUAAGAAGAGAAAAAGGACAGAAACGCAGCCAACGGGGCGUGUUUGUAGGUUUUGCCACAAGGACCUGAAACAGGGACCAAACAGCCCACAUGUUCAUACUGGGUUCCCUGGUGUGGCAGGGAAAUAUAUAUAUUGUCCACUGAAAGUUCUGUCUACUUACCAAGGACAGGGGAUGACUGGGGAAAUGAGUUGGAAGGAGUUCUGCAAAUCUCCUUUUUAUGAGGCAGAAAGACAGAGAUGGGUCGCUGAGAGGAAAAAAUAGGAUGUGGUCCUGUUGGGAUAAUUACUUAGAAAUGUUAUUAUUGUUGGAUAUGUUCUUAUAUUAAUACUUUGUAGACUCUUCAAAACCUGAAUAUACUGUAAAUAAGCAACUGAAUAUAUGUCAACAUUUAACAGAGACCAUAACAAUACUGAAUGAUGUCCUGAUUUGCUUGUUGUAAACCAAAAACAUACAGCUUUUUGUUUGUAUUCUAUCUAUCUAUAGUAAUACCAGACUUCCCUGAAAACUAUUUUCUUUUUAGUGUUGUGGUCCAACUGUGAGCAAACCUUUUUUAUUAUGCAUAACUUAUAUAUAUAUAAUAUUUUUUAUAUAGUAG